GAGCGGUUUCCUGGGCCAGGCUCCCAGGCAAGGGAGAGGCUGGGUGCAGCCCUUGCAGCAUCGGGCAGGUUCGGGGAUUCCUACCGAAGCCAGGAAAACUUGGAAACCGCUUGAUCUGCCAGGUCUGAAGGGACGUCGGCUGGAAACGCUGCUUCUCGCCAACGCUGAUUGCCCUCUGAAAGAAGGUGAACUCUGCUCUUGGGUGCAAAUCAUUAACAACCAUGCCGCGGAUAGGGAGCAUCGCUGGAUUUUAGUGGCCUUUUCUCAGAGAAACACCUCUCUGCCCAUCUAUCUGUCUAUAAAAUGCAUUGUUUUGUAUAAAAUGCCCUUGUAUGUCCAGUUAUGGAAAACCUGGAUUAUCUGCAACUCGAACGUCUCAUUUAGAGUGCUACUUAUUAUCACUUUUAAUCCAUUUCACUACUCCUGUGGUUUUCUGCUGAAAGACCACCCGGCAGCGAGCGAGCGCUGUGGGAAAGGCAACUGCAUUUGUUGGCUUAUGCAAAACGGCUCCUUCGGUUACUCCUGCGUGUGCCCCGCUCUGCCGCUCUGAGGGGAUCCCCCACGCCGCCGACACGCCGGGAGGAGCCGUUAGAGCUGCGGGGACGGGCACACCGGGCCCGCCGCCCUUGGGCGCUCGCACCCCUCGGGACAGCGGGCCCUGCGGCCCGCACUGCGGGUGUCUGGCCGAAACCCCGGGGCGGCCGGAGCGGAGGCCUGUCGGGGGCCGUCCUUCACGGCCCUGCCCGCCGAGCCUCGCGGGGGAGCGGAUCACGCGGGGGACCGGCCGGUACGCACGGACACGCCCUCGCACCCCGGAACCAUCCGGCGGCGCCGCCGUUCCUGCGGGGCCGCCAUCGGCGCCGGACGCCGCCUCACGUGAGGCUGGCGGAAGGCGGAAGUGAUGGCGGCGGGCGCUGGGGGGCCGGCGGCGCGGCGGUGAUAAGCGGCCGGGGCCCGACAUGGCGGCCCGCGGCGGGGGCUGGGCGCCUUUCUGCUCGCUGCUGGUGCUGGCCGCUCUGGCGGGGCUGAGCGCUGGGGCCAAGAAUUCUGAGGAUGUCCGAUGUAAAUGCAUCUGCCCUCCUUACAAAGACCAUUCAGGCCGUAUUUACAACAAAAAUGUUUCACAGAAAGACUGUGAUUGUCUUCAUGUGGUUGAACCUAUGCCUGUCCCUGGACCUGAUGUAGAAGCAUACUGUUUACGUUGUGAAUGCAAAUAUGAAGAGAGAAGCUCUGUCACAAUUAAGGUUACAAUCAUCAUUUACCUGUCUAUUUUGGGCCUACUUCUUCUGUACAUGGUGUACCUUACACUGGUGGAACCUAUACUGAAGAGACGUCUCUUUGGACAUUCACAGCUCAUACAAAGUGAUGAAGACAUUGGGGAUCACCAACCUUUUGCAAAUGCACAUGAUGUGCUGGCUCGUUCUCGGAGCCGCGCCAAUGUAUUGAACAAAGUGGAGUAUGCCCAGCAGCGCUGGAAGUUACAGGUCCAAGAGCAACGCAAAUCUGUCUUUGACCGUCAUGUUGUGCUGAGUUAAUUGUCCCAGUAAAAUAACUCCAGGGAAGUAAAGUGGACUGAUUGAAAGAGCUGGCUUAUGUCUUCCUGAUCCUGCCAAUUCAGAAGGGUUUUCUUGAAUGGUUCAUUAUCGAUUUAAAAAAAAAAAAAAAAAGAAAAGAAAAAAGUAUUUGAACUUUGAAGGAAUGUACUGGAGUAGAAGGAAUUUAAAAAGAUUAGUUAACCAAAAGCUACAAUCUUUACAUUUUCAAAUGGCUUUUACUAACAAAACUAAAAAGAAAACAAACCCUGAGAUAUCUUGGGUUGCCACUGUGGUACCUUAUUUACAGUUGUGACUUUAUGGUGGUUUUUAACUAUAUUUCUCUCUACUAUUUAUGUGGUUAAAAAGUACCUGAGAACACAGUAAUUACAACUCACUAAUCACUUUAUGUAAAGACCUUUUGUAAAUAUACUUGGAUUUUCUGCUGACUGAUGCUAGGUACUGGAAAUCUAAAUCUUGCUGUGUAAUUUUCAUAUCACGGAAUGGAAUCUUGAUUGGCUGUAUUCAUCAUUUGAUUUCUUGCACUCGUACUUUCAAGAUGCUUGUAUGUCAAGUGAUGUUUGCAGGUUUAAGGCAAAACUUAAAUGGACAUUGACUCUGAGCUGCAUACUUGAAGUACUGUGAUGUAGAUAAAUUCAAAUGCAGUGAAUAUCAAGACAGCGUUGGUAUUUUGUUCUAUUUUGCUUUAAUAGCUUAAUAUAUUGUAUGUGUAUGAUAUCUCUUAAAAAUCUUUUCCCUUUCUUUUCAUGGGUAAAGUCUCAGGAGUUAGUAUAUGAUGAAAUAUUUAUUAUAAAAAUCUUUCUGCAUUUGUCUGGAUUGAUGGUGUAAGGCACAUACUUUCUCUAGCACCUGUCAUCUUGGGAGUUAGGUGUAUUUUUUUAUCUGUGAUUCUGUACUCAUCUCUCUUAAGAGGUAUACAGUUGCUAGAUGACUAACUUUCAUAUAUCCCCUUUGGAAUGCAACUAUUAAAGAUAAAAACUGAUUUUUGAAAAA